CAGGACGCGCAGCAGGGCUGGGUGAGCCAGGAACUGCCUCGCAUCACGGAACUAAGGACCCUGCCGUCGGCGAGGGUCUUCUUGACAACACUUGUCCGGUCGCCCUUCUCGCACUCACUCUCGGCUUGGAUGUGGGGUGGCAAGCCAUCUUGCGGCAGAUUCAACCGCACCAUCGAAUACUGGCUUCCGUACAACAUGCAGUCUAACCAGCUGCUGCACGGCGACUUUGACCACUUCAUGAUGGGAAAUAAGGAACCAAUGGGCAAGCGGUACCGCGCCUUCGGCGAGGCGGAGUUCAACCGCACGCUCGAUGUCGUGCGGCGCUUCGAUCUAGUGUGCACGACGGAGGAGCUCGCGCCCUGCAUGGAGCGGCUGCUGCAGGAGCUCGGUCUGCCAUUGGUCAAGAUUGGCCACACUGCGCCCGCGCACAACCGGAUGGGCGGGCUGCCUGCAAACGAGUCCAAGGUCGUGCAGGAAGAGUGUACCGCCAAGGGGCUGG